CCUCCUGCUCUCUCCUCCACUUCGAGACCUUGUGCACUGGCCCCCUUCUCCCGUCUCCCGCUGUUACGUCUACGAGCGCUGUCGUGACUGGAGCAGAGGAGAGGACAAACAGAGAGGAUCUGAGUCACAAUCCAAAAAAACACCAAAAGGAGAAGAGAAACUUUGACUCGUCCUCUCCUCUGUGUGUGUGUGUGUGUGUGUGUGUGUGCAGUGUGUUUGACAGAAGUGUCUGAGAUCUCUUCUCAUUGUGCUUUGGGGGACCUGUCAUUGAAGACAGGAAGUGCCCUGACAGCGAACACGGAGCCGGAGAGAACCUGACUGUCUGUACAAAGGAAGAUAGAAGGCGGGAGGGGAAGAUGAGAAAGUGACAAGCCGGAUCGUUGCCUUUUGACGCCGACGCCGUGACUACACGUCCCAUCAUCCUACAGGCCCUGAUCUGAUUGGAUGGUUUUGUCAGAAUGACAGCUGAAGAUCCUGCUUCUUCUUCGACCAUGAGUAACAACGUUGCCCCCUCCAAAUCCUCUGGUGCCCAUCACUCUCACCAUGGACAGCUCAACAUCCCUGAGGGUGUUGCCGGUGCACCUAAUGAGGCCGCACUGGUGGCCCUGAUGGAGCGUACUGGCUACAGUAUGGUCCAGGAAAAUGGUCAGCGAAAGUACGGUCCCCCUCCCGGUUGGAAUGGUGCAUCUCCUCCUCGAGGCUGUGAGAUCUUUGUCGGAAAGAUUCCGCGGGAUGUUUAUGAAGAUGAGUUGGUCCCAGUGUUUGAGUCCGUAGGACGCAUCUAUGAGAUGCGCCUGAUGAUGGACUUUGAUGGGAAAAAUCGAGGGUACGCUUUUGUAAUGUACACAGAGAAACACGAGGCCAAGAGAGCCGUGCGGGAGCUGAAUAACUAUGAAGUGCGGCCUGGGCGGCUGCUGGGUGUCUGCUCCUCCGUGGACAACUGCCGUCUUUUCAUUGGUGGCAUUCCCAAGACCAAGAAGCGUGAGGAGAUCCUGGAAGAGGUCUCCAAGGUGACAGAAGGCGUAUUAGAUGUGAUAGUUUAUGCCAGCGCUGCAGACAAGAUGAAGAACCGUGGCUUUGCCUUUGUAGAGUAUGAGUCACAUCGUGCAGCAGCCAUGGCUCGCAGGAAGCUGAUGCCUGGACGCAUUCAGCUGUGGGGCCACCAGAUUGCAGUGGACUGGGCAGAGCCAGAGAUUGAUGUAGAUGAAGACGUGAUGGAAACAGUGAAGAUCUUGUAUGUCAGGAAUCUAAUGAUGGAAACCAGCGAGGAGACGAUCAGACAGAUUUUCAGCCAGUUUAACCCUGGAUGUGUAGAGCGUGUAAAGAAAAUCCGUGACUAUGCCUUUGUCCACUUUACCUCCCGGGACGAUGCUGUGUUGGCUAUGGACAACCUCAAUGGCACAGAGGUAGAAGGGUCCUGCAUUGAGGUGACGCUCGCCAAACCCGUCGAUAAAGAGCAGUACUCACGCCAGAAGGCUUCAAAGGGGGGAGCUUCUGCCACUUCAGAGGCUACUCAGCAGAACUACGUUUAUCAGUGUGAUCCCUACACAUUGGCAUACUAUGGUUAUCCUUACAACACCCUCAUUGGACCCAACAGAGAGUACUUCGUCAAAGGAUCCCCAAUGAUACAGAACAAUGCAGGUACUGUGAGAGGUCGUGGUCGUGCUACUGCAGGUAAUCGUACCCCUGGGCCACGGGGGUCGUACCUCGGAGGUUACUCUGCCGGUCGUGGCAUCUACAGCCGCUACCACGAGGGCAAGACCAAGCAGCCUGAAAAGUCCUAUGAGCUGAUGCCCAGUCUGGAGCUCGCUGCUUCCGUCAACCCAGUUGGCAUCAAACAUGGCACAAUGGCAUUACAGACUCUGGGUGGGCAGUACCCAGUGUUCAGCGCCACUCCUGCAGCCAAGCUGAUGGAGGAGGGGAAGGUGCACACAGUGGAGCAUCUUAUCAACCCUCUGGCCAUGCAGCACCCCGAACACUCCCCCGCUGCUGCUGCUACUGCUGCUGCCACCGUCCUACCUGCGGUCUCUACCCCUCCACCCUUCCAGGGCCGUCCAAUCACUCCAGUCUAUGCCAUGGCCCACAACGUACAGCGCAUCCCAGCAGCUGGUGGUCUGUAUGGACCUGGGUAUGUCCCCAUCACAAACUACACUGCCAACACAGCAGCUCUGGCAGCUCUGCAGAAAAACGCAGCCGUGGCGGCUGCAGCAUACGGAGGUUACGCCGGCUACGCGGUGCCCCAGGCCUUCCCCGCCACAGCCUUCCAGCUGCCCAUCCAUGAUGUCUACCAGACAUACUGAUUAAGAGGCUCAGAUCCUGCCUGUGACUGAACUACAUCUCAGCAUUGUCUGUCCCGUCAUGUAGAAACAUCUCAAACUUGAGCUCGAAAGGAAUUUGUAGCAAAUAUUAAAAGCACACACAGUGACAAACAGCCUGACGUCUCCUAUCGGCCUCGGUAUGUCCUCAACCCAAGGUGAACAUAGUGUUUCUAAUUAGGCAGCAUCACUGUUUUCUACUGAAUAAUGUAACAAACGUAACAAACAACAACUCCCAGUAACGCCCCUCUGCCUUUUUUGUUUCUCUCCGAAUCCCACCACGGGAACACCGAAGGUACGUUCAAGUAUUUAUGAAGAGAAGAUAUAUAUUUAAGGUGUUUAUUCUUUGUAGCUCUCUCUUUCCAUUUUGCCGUGGUAUUUGUUCUAGAUUUUAAACUAUUUUCAGAGUAACAAUAAAAAAGAGAGUCGAGUUAAUCGUAAGGAAGAAAAACUACAACAGGAACUACUGAUAAAUGAGGAUACUGCUGAAGACGGCUGUCUUCAGAUAUACUAAUGCCUUUUCUUUCAUCAUUAUAUAGUAUUUUAGCCAAUUUUACAUGCUGUAGGUGAUGCUGUCCGUCCAUGCUGGUUGAAUGCUUUGAACACGCCUGUUUGGUACUUUUUGGUUAUUGUAGUGUUUAUUGUGUUUUUGGUUGUUUUACAUGAAGGUUCUAGGUUUUCUAGGUUGCAUUUAUUUACCUAUAAUUAGCUCAUUUUUGCUCUUUUUUUUUUGCUUUGCAAGGUUGUUUCUCUGUCUCCUCUUUGAUACUUUGAAACACAUUUGUUGGUUUUCUUUGAAGAAAUGUUGCCUGCUAAAUAUUUGUUAUUUUGACAGAUUCCUGUGGGGAACAAAUAAUUAAGAAAGAAAACUGGAAAGCUUUUUGAAUGAUGUUCAGCUGACGUGGAAAAUGUUCCACAUUUAAAGAAACGGCGGUAAUAGGGGCUUAAGACUGAAUAGAUGUUAGCUGUUUUUUGUUCUUACUCAGUUAUGUAUGUUUUUUUCUGAUGUUUUUAAUUGUGAACAACUACGGACAGAAAUGAGAGACAUUUUUCUAUCUGGACUGGAGCACUCUAACACUUGAACAGCUCGUACUUUUUGCCAGUGCUGACCAAAAACCUUAACAUCCACUUCAGUCUGAGGACUUUAGAAAGACUCCUGACUACAGUGCCUUACACCUACAUGCUGUUUAUGCAACUGCCUGCUUUUCACUGUGCCUUUUUGUAAGAAAACCAAGCCCGCGUGUUUUGGCACAAAGAAGAAUUUGUAUAUCCCAUGACGCAGAUUUGUGGUAUUACUGUAUUGAGGUUUCAGCUUUUGUAGCCAGAUGUGCCAAGGUUGCCUCCAUCCUCUUCCUCCGUCUCCUCUUUAUUUCUCAUCUUGACCGAGGUGCACGUAAAUGUAUUUAUAAAAGGUGAGAAGUUGCCACUUUCAGAUGAAGAGAUAUCAAAUGUGUGAACUGGAGCAAAGUUUGUGCUUCUUCUCAUAUAAAGCCUGCAGCUCCUCAAUGCUCAGCGGGCGCUCUGAAAACUCUGCAGUGCAUCUACACAAGUGUACUUGUGGAAUGGGAAUAACUGGGAGCGAUACGUCCCACUGGAAUAUGCAAGUAUUGUAACACUCGAAUUCAAACAGCUGCUGAUCAUGAAGUCACACUCCACAAGAGCCAUCCUUUAUGAAAAAUGCCAAACAUUUGAGUGUCCUUUUAUUUGUAAACCAGCUCUUUUUUCUUUUGUAUUAUUAUUAUUCUCCUUCACCGCAUUCGAUGGUAUUUUAUUUGCUAAUAUGAGGGCUCCCUGGCUUUUAAGUUUAGGCCCAAGAGUGUGAGUGAAAAGACUGCUUAACUAGUCCAUAUUUGUGUAAUCUCACUCUGUACUCUGCAUUUUACUGCUUCUCUCUCUCCUCUGAAACUGGAUUUAAUAUAGAAAACAAACUGCUGUUAACGGCUCUUAUUAUGAUCUUGUACGAUGACAAUAAGUCGGGAUAUAUUUAAUAUAUGCAUUACGUGUGUUGUUUAUGAAGUGAGAAGAAAAGGCAUAAUAUAUUGUAAAACGUAUUUGUUUUCUUUAUUUACACCUUGUUUAGGUAUAAAAGUCAGACUAACAAAAGUAGAUUUUUUUUUUUUUUUGCCAAAGUGUCCAAUAGUUUGUUAAACAUUCAAGGUUAUUGUGCUUUUGUUAGGUGUAACGUUGUGUUUGCUAUUUGGAACUGGACGCGGUGUUAAGAGUGGGGACGCCAAGUUCUCCCCGUUAUCGAUAUCAAAGGUUAAACCUGGCCCGCCGAGGCGUUACGACCCAUUGGCGCCUCCGGCUCAAUGUGUUGCAACUUUUUUUGGCUAAAUAAUUAAAAGAUCUAAUGAUGGGUGGAUGGGGUAAUGAUUUAGCCUUCACCAAAAUUUCACGUGGUUUUAACAACAGAAAAGUGUGUUCUCCCUUCCACUCACAGCACCUGCUUUACUUUCCAUCACCUGCAUUUCACCCACAAUGCAGCAGCAGCAGGAUGAUCUUCCUGUGUCAGUAUGGAGCUGCGCGUGCCUGGUUUAACUUAGAUGUUCGGGUUUAACAUCUUUAACUCUUCGUAGUGUGUGCCUUUAUUGCCAACAUGUGCCCUUUGUAGACCUAUGCAGACUCUUUUCUAUCAGAAGGCCCUGUUUCCUUGUUCAGCAUUGGUAUAUUUAUAGUGAUAUAGUAGAUAAAUAAAGCAUUUUU